UGACAAUCCAUAUCUAAUCAUUGUGAUAGUUGAAAGGUGCAAACAGCAGUGUACAUAAGGACUAUCGAGCUGUCAAUAAUCAUAAUUAUAACUUCCGCAAGCCUAAAACUUCCCACCUGUUAUAUUCCCUGUGCUGAAUUACCAAUUACGAUUUUUAUUAAAUUUUACUGGAAUUUACUAAAGUACACUUUACUCACAUACAUGUAAGAUACAAAAUCAAUAUAAACAUGGAAAUCACUAAUACUAAUUUCUGCGAAGAAUUAGAAAACAUUUCGAAAAACCUUAAGCAGUCUUGUUUUGUUGGAUUUGAUGCAGAAUUUACAGCUAUAUUAUCGAGUGAAACAUUUAAACACAGACUGUUUGAUACAAGUGAAGAUAGAUAUAAUCUAAUGAAAAAUGAAGUAAGCAAAAUGAUAAUGACCCAAGUAGGCCUAACCAUGUUUCUGUAUGAUAGAGACUUAGAUACUUAUAAGGCUGUUGGAUACACUUUCCACUUGUGUCCUCAAGUAUUUGGAGAUGUAGACCAGUCAUUUAUAUUUCAAGCAUCCACCUUGCGGUUUCUCUGUAAACACAACUUUGAUUUCAAUAAGUUCACAUAUCAUGGACUUCCUUACUUAAGUAAAGCUGAGGAAGCUUUGGUUAGAAAACAAUUAAAGGAUAAACAACUAUUUGACAACUUAACAAGAUCUUUGGUUAUGGAUGAAGAGAGAAAAUUGCAGUAUUACUGCUCUGAAGUUUCUAAGUGGUUGGCAAGUAGUGAUGAAGGUACUAUGUAUUUAGAUGUUCAGGAUCCAGUACUUCGGUACAUUGUUCACAACGAGCUUAGAUUGCGGUUUGAUGGUAUCCUCACUACCAAUAGCUUAGGUAAUAGCAAUAAGGUUUUGAUAUACAGAGAUAAAAAUGUAGAGGGUGCCAUUAGUGCACCAAUGCAGAUACUAGAAGACAAUCUUAUGACCCAUCUCCUGGGAUUUUCACAGAUAAUAGACUUACUUAUCUCCCAUAGAAAACCUUUAAUAGGCCAUAACAUAUAUUUAGAUACAAUUUUACUUCAUAACCAGUUCAUUGGUCCGCUCCCAAAUAAAUAUUCUAUGUUUAAGAAGAAUAUUAAUGAUGCAUUUCCGUUGCUUUUUGACACAAAGCAUAUUUCAUAUCAUAUGGGAAAAUGGCUGACCUUUGACGAAGUAUGGAAGACCAAUGGUCUUCAAGAUUUAUAUGAAUUUUUUGCUGAGAGAAAAUGUAAGAAGUUGGAACAAGGAGUGAAUUUCAUUCGAUUGGUGACGCCAUUUAAUAUUAAGCAAAGCUUUCACGAAGCCGGCUGGGAUUCCUACUGUUCAGGUUAUUGUUUUAUAAGACUUGGGCAUUGGGCGGCGUGUGAGCUCAGGGGCCAGUAUAGGCCUGUAGGGCCAACCGAGAUAUUGUCAGCCCUAGCUCCACACGCCAAUAAAAUCAAUGUCAUACGAGGCGCUGUACCAUAUAUGAAUCUCGUUGGUUCAGAUCCACCGAAACACCGACCGAUGCUUCUCCAUAUAAAAUCUAUUAAGGAUCGCGUCAUAAACGUCAGUAAGGUGGCGUCAUCGCUGGCGGCCUACGGCUCUGUAGACGUAAAACUGUGUGACGCGCGCGCCGCGCUCGUAGCGACAAACUCGCAGUAUACCAUGGAUAGAAUUCUGGGACAAUUCAAGAAUAAUACAGACUAUAAAGUUACGCGGUACAAUCCAAUUAGACACUCGAAGGCCGGACAAAUGGCUCUAUGGAGCGGCGCCAUAUUGACUACCGGUAUUUUUGUAUACCUGCUCCACAAAAAUGUUAAUAAAUGAAUAUAAAGCUAGCUCAUAGAUAAAAGUUGAACUGAAUAGUAGUUUAGAUUAAAUUAUUAUUAAAAUUAUUUCUUUAUGAAUAGAGCCGCUAAUGCAAUACUUACGAAGAUUAUGAAUUUUCGUAUUCCAUCUGUAUUUUG